AUGGGCGAAGGGCCAGCGCGGCGCGCGAUCGAGCGCGUGGUGUACGAUGCGUACGAUAUACGGACCUGGUACGCGAGUCCCUACCCCAUAGACGAUGAGUUUGCCUCGUCGACGCUCUACGUGUGUGCCGGCUGCUUCAAGUACCUGCCGACGGCUCCCGCGCUGCACGCCCACCGCCGGACCUGCCUACUUCGGCACCCUCCCGGAAAAAAGGUGUACCAGCGGGGGGCGCAUAUCAUCUGGGAGGUCGAUGGAGCGCAAGAGAAGCUCUACGUGCAGAACCUGUGCCUCUUUGGCAAGUUCUUUAUCGACCACAAAACCGUCUAUUUUGAUGUGGAGCCGUUUGUGUGCUACGUGCUGACGGAUGCUACGAGCCAGUUUGACCAUGUGCUCGGGUUCUUUUCGAAGGAAAAGGUGUCUUACGACGACUACAACCUCGCGUGCAUUGUCGUUUUCCCCCCGUUCCAGCGCAAGGGGUACGGCACGCUGCUGAUGGAGUACAGCUAUUACCUCUCGCGCGCCGCCGACGUCGCGGGGACGCCCGAGCGGCCCCUCUCGGCGCUCGGACUCCGGGGCUACGUCGCGUACUGGACGUCGGCCGUGCUGCGCACGCUGCAGCACGCGUAUACCAGCGACACGGCGCACGCACGGCGCAUCCGCGCGGCACUCGCCGGCGCAGACGUCUCGCUGCGGCCGCAGCAGCCCAAGCGCCGCAAGACGGUGCGGGGGUGGGCUGGCGAGGUGGUCAAGGACCACGAGAGGGACGCGGCCGUGCCGGAUACGCCGCUCGCGACACAGACGACCAUCGCCCGCGUCGCCUACGCUGCGGGGCUCCGCGUAGACGACACGACACUCGCGCUCGCGCACGCGGGCCUCCUUGCCUCGCCGGUCGACGAGGCGUUUGCGCUCUCGGCCGCGGACGUGGACACGGCCGCGCAGCGGCUGCGGAUCAAGCCUGCGAUCCUCGACGAGGCUUAUGUGCUAUAG